UUAUUGUAGAAGUGUAUUAUCAGCUGAAAGCCUGAAACAUUGUUGAAGGAACAGUGGAUAAAGAGAGUGAAAUGCUGCUUUAUUUUGUUCUAAUGUACAUAUUGCAGUUUUAUCUGGACAGACCCUCGAAAUUGGGGGUUGACACUUUUCCUCUGAAUUCCAUUCACCAUUGAUACAGAUAUGAAAUCGUGUGUAUUUAAUUUUAACUUAGUUUUGGAAUUUGGGAUAACGGUAAUAUAAGACGCUGGAUCCCUAUCGUAAAACCCACGAAGGAUGCAACGUAACCAUAACGAGAAGGCAAAGGGACUUGAUUUUUCAAUUAGGCUUUUUCGCUUCUCUUCACAGCGGCGGGAAUUCAGUUUUCCCUCUAAAUCCCUAAAACACACCAGGAGAGACAUUCAAUCCAUACAGUCCGGAUUAGGGCCUGGUUCUCUCCUAGUCUCCCCGGAAUCUGGAAUGCCUGGUUCUCUCCGCUCCCUCUGGUCGAGUGGCUACGCUUCUUGGCAGUCCUAGUUGGGUUAAAUUUGAACUGCUCGUCUCAGACCCUUAUUCUCUAGUGAAAUUCUCUCUCUUUUUUUUGGGAAAUUGUGAUCGAGCCGAGUCCAUCAAAGAAAAAUGGGGAAGGACGAGGAGGUGAGGGGAGAGAUUGAGGAGAGAAUGAUAAACGAAGAGUACAAAAUCUGGAAAAAGAACACUCCUUUCCUUUACGAUUUGGUCAUUACUCAUGCCCUAGAGUGGCCGUCUCUCACCGUCGAAUGGCUUCCCGGCAGGGAGGAGCCACCGGGGAAGGACUACGCCGUCCAGAAGAUGAUUCUUGGUACUCACACCUCCGAGAACGAGCCCAAUUACCUCAUGCUUGCACAGGUUCAGCUUCCCCUCGAUGAUACCGAGAACGAUGCUCGCCACUACGAUGAUGACCGGUCCGACCUCGGCGGAUUCGGUGCCGCUAACGGCAAGGUGCAGAUUGUACAGCAGAUCAACCACGACGGCGAGGUCAAUCGCGCUAGGUAUAUGCCGCAGAACCCCUUUAUUAUCGCUACCAAGACCAUCGGUGCAGAAGUGUUUGUUUUCGACCACAGUAAGCAUCCUUCGAAGCCCCCUCUUGACGGCGCGUGCAACCCCGACCUGCGGCUUAGGGGUCACACCACCGAGGGUUAUGGGUUGUCUUGGAGCAAGUUCAAGCAGGGGCAUUUGCUUAGCGGUUCUGAUGAUGCCCAAAUCUGUCUAUGGGAUGUCAACGUCACUCCCAAGAACAAGGCCCUUGAUGCUACACAGAUCUUCAAGGUCCACGAGGGUGUUGUUGAGGAUGUGGCCUGGCAUCUUAGGCAUGAAUACCUGUUUGGUUCUGUAGGUGAUGACCAAUACCUGCAUAUAUGGGAUCUCCGCGCUCCGUUGGUUACCAAGCCUGCCCAGUCCGUAGUUGCUCACCAGAGUGAGGUUAACUGCUUAGCUUUUAAUCCAUUCAAUGAAUGGGUUGUGGCAACGGGGUCUACUGAUAAGACUGUUAAGUUAUUUGAUCUGCGCAAGAUCAGCAAUGCACUCCACACGUUUGAUUGUCACAAAGAGGAAGUUUUCCAAGUGGGGUGGAAUCCAAAGAAUGAGACUAUUCUUGCUUCGUGUUGCCUUGGGAGACGGCUUAUGGUGUGGGAUCUUAGCAGGAUUGAUGAGGAACAGACGCCAGAGGAUGCUGAAGAUGGUCCCCCUGAGUUGCUCUUCAUUCACGGUGGUCACACUAGUAAAAUAUCGGAUUUCUCGUGGAACCCUUGUGAAGAUUGGGUUAUUGCUAGUGUUGCUGAAGAUAACAUCCUUCAAAUAUGGCAGAUGGCAGAGAAUAUCUAUCAUGACGAAGACGAUAUACCAGCAGAUGACACCACAAAAGUUUCUUAAGUAUUGCUCAUACCGAGGGACCAAAGUAGCUUAUCAAACUAUAAUAGGGGUUUAUUGCAGUUUUUUGUUCUUACUACUGAGUUGUGGAAAAUGUCUUUGGCUCCAUUGCUGUCCUUUUACCAAACGUGGAUGCCUUAUUGUGUUUCAAUCCUUGUACCCAACUGUCGGAAUGUCCUACAAAUAGUCAAAUAUUCUUUAUUCGCAGAAAUUAUCCUCAGUUUGUAGGCAUUGGAAGGUCCAAGCUUCUGCAACCAGAGUAGGCUCAAGUUCAGGGAAUCUGUAUUAUGUACUCUUUUGUCCCCCUCUUUUUAAAUUAACUACUGAGAAGCUUCUGUCA